AUGGAAGGAGCACUGUUUGAACCAACACUGUACAUUGUGAAGGGUAUGUGCAUACUGGACAAUGACGGCAACAGGAUCCUAGCCAAAUAUUAUGACAAAAAUGUCCUACCCACUGCAAAGGAACAAAAGGCAUUCGAGAAGAACUUGUUUAACAAAACACACAGAGCAAAUGCUGAAAUCAUAAUGCUUGAAGGUCUGACCUGUGUAUAUAAGAGUAAUGUGGACCUCUUCUUCUAUGUCAUGGGCAGUUCACAUGAGAAUGAGCUAAUUCUCCAGUCAGUAUUGAAUGCAUUGUAUGAGUCUGUCAGCAUACUGUUAAGAAGAAAUGUAGAAAGGAGAGUGCUGUUUGACAACUUGGAUUCUGUCAUGUUGGCCUUCGAUGAGAUCUGUGAUGGAGGUGUAAUCCUGGACUCAGACCCGACCUCCAUCGUGAGUCGCGCCGCCCUCCGCACUGAGGACGUGCCCCUCGGGGAACAAACUGUGGCACAGGUAUUGCAAUCAGCGAAGGAGCAACUGAAAUGGUCGCUGUUGAAAUAA